ACUUUCAAUGCUCAUUCUGUAAAAUGAUUUGAACAAUUCUGGAUCCCGAUUAAAUCCUUUCAAAACAAUGUAAGCACCUGGGUAUAAAUUGUCGCGAAAUAACUUAUGCACCCAAUGUUUCCUUUCAUCCUGCCUUCUCUUACGCCGUCUCAACCAUCACAUCAUUACAGGUACAACAUUAUUAUCUGACAUUGCAGAAGAGAAUUGCACGAACUUGGCGGGUAAACAUACUCAUUUGAGAAGUUUGAGAAGAUGUGAGCAACUAAUCGUACGUAAGUUUCCUCAGCGUGCACCCGCUUGAAUUCGACGAUUUCUCUCGGAAAUCACGGUUGCGUUGCGGUUGCAGUUUCUUUGGUGAUCGCCCGGCUUUAGUAUUCCGUGAAUUAGGAGUGCGUAGUUUGUCUUAUUCGAUUGUCUUGGGUUGUGGGGCUAGUGGCGGUGUUUGGUAGGAAGAGAUUGGAAAACGAGGUAGCGAAAUGAAGCAUGUAAGUUUGUAUGACUUAUUUGAAUCUUCAGCGCAAAAGUAUCCCACCAACCCAGCAGUUUGUUUUAAGACGGCUACAUGCACAGCUGUUGCUUCAUAUAGAGAUGUGUUGAGGGAAUGUGAAAAAAUUUAUGAAACUCUGAUAGAAUUUGAUGUGAAGUGUACGUUUGUUGGUGUUUGGGUGGAUCAGGCUUUCUAUUUGCCGACAGUGUUUCUUGGGAUCCUCCGUAAUGGUUCAGCAUUCACAUAUUUGAAUCUAGAGAAUCGAGAUAGAAAUCUAAGUAUAGUGAAAGACAUGAAUAUUCGUUGGAUUUUUUCUGAAUCACAUGUUCAGCAUCAUCACUGGACAUUACGCAAAGAAAUAUCAGUUCAUGGAUGUACCAUAGCACUUUGGGAAAGUGAUAUUAUACAAACAUCAUGUACUGAAGCUAUGCACAGCCCAUAUGAGUGGAAAAUGGCUUACACUAUCCAGACUUCAGGCACAACUGGAUACCCCAAGAUAGUUAGAGUACCUCAUAGAUGCAUUGUGCCCAACAUCCAGAGCCUCCAGUCUGUUCUCUCUGUGAGAUCAAGUGAUGUGAUAUUUCUUGCUUCACCUUUCACAUUUGACCCAAGCAUUAUAGAAAUGUUUCUAGCUCUGUCUGCUGGAGCAUUACUUCUUAUAGUGACAAACGCUGUGAAGUCAUCACCAUGCCUCCUGCUAAAGGUAUUGUUUUCUGAGGUUGAACACAGAGUAACGGUUCUUGAAGCGACUCCAUCAUUUGUUAUGCGAUGGUCUUUGGAAGAGAUGCAAAGCACACUUCUGUGUGAGAGAUCUUCGUUACGUGUUUUGGUGCUUGGAGGUGAGCCAUGCCCUUCAGUACAGGUGCUGGAACAGUGGAAAUCGAAACAAAACAAGACAGAGAUUUUCAAUGUAUAUGGCAUUACUGAAGUUUCAUGCUGGGCAACAGUGCAUAAAGUAGUGAUUCCAGAUGUAGCCAAAUCAUUUGAUCAUAAUGACUGUGGCACACAUGCUCCAAGCCAGCAGGAUCCUGUGCCAUUAGGGAAUGCAUUGUCUCAGACAUUGCUUGCUGUCAAGGAUGAAUCAGGUGAAGAAGUUUUUACUGGAGAAGGAGAAUUGUAUAUAGGUAGCAUGGAUAGGGUUUGUCUUGUUGACAGUGAAACUGUUCAGAACUUGCAGUUUCCUGUUUACAGAGCAACUGGUGAUAUUGUGAAAAUUGAUGGUAGCAGCAGGAUGAUGAUCUAUCUUGGACGUAAGGACAAUAUUAUAAAGCGGUUUGGUCAUAAAGUGAGCUUGAAUCAUGUAGAGCGAGUUGUAGCAACUAACAGAUGCAUAGAACAAAGUUGCUGUGUGUGGGAACCACAUAUUAAGAAACUUGGAUUAUUUGUGAAGGUGGAGCAAAACAAAAGAGAUGACAAGCAGUUUCUCAGGGCAUUGAAGUUUUAUUUAGUGAAACAUCUGCAACCAUCAUCCAUUCCUGAUGUGAUAAUGGAGCUGAAAUCUUUUCCACUUUCUUGUCAUGGAAAGCUAGACCAUUGUGAGUUAAAGUGUUUAUUACGAGACAAAGUUCAGGAAGAUGUGAUAGAACUGAACAAACUGGGAGAUAUUUAUCAAGUGUUUGCAUCACUGUGGUCACAUUAUCUCUGCAUGGAGUCACAUCCAAAUCCACAGGAUAACUUUUUACAAGCUGGAGGAAAUUCAAUUCAAGCAUUGCAGCUUGUGUCAGAACUGGAGGAAGUGUUUGGUUCAUCUGCACAUACCAGCCUUAUUGGAUCACUUCUAGGGGGCUCAACAUAUGAAGAAUGUUGUUCGUGUUUAAGCUCUUCAUGUGAGAGGAAAUUAGAGAAUAUCUCUAUAGAUGCAUCAAAACAGCUUAUCCAAAAAUACAAAUGCAGAAAGAGGUUAACUAGCUCACAGGAAGGUGAUGCUGUGAAAUAUUUAAGGGUUGAACAGGCUGGAAUUAGCAGUGUGGACAGUACAGAGGUACAGAAAGUGGACUGUGAUAAAAAUAUUCAUACCUCAAGUUGUCGCGGUAGAACUGAAGGAUUUGGGGUCUGGACAGAACCUUGUGUCUUUUCUUCACUUAAUGACAUUAAACUUAGAGUGAGAUGGAAGUACAACCUGGAAAAAUGUGUUGAUGCUUCCCCAUGUUUCAUUAAGUACAAAAGUGGCGAUGAGAGAGUGCUUAUUGGUUCCCAUUCACAUUUAUUUGUCAUCAUCCACAGCAGAACAGCUGAGUUGAUUGCAGAGUGCAAGUUGAUGGAUCGGAUAGAGUCAUCUGUUUGUGUCUCACCUUGUGGCAGGUUUGGCGUUGUAGGUAGCUAUGAUGGAUGUGUGUACUGCAUCAACUUACACACUGGUGAAAUUAAAUGGAGUUUCCAUACAGGAGGCCUGGUGAAGAGUUCUCCAGCACUUUGCUUGAAUGGUUCUGCAAUUGUAGUUGGCUCAUAUGACCGGUUUCUAUAUUGCAUUAGUAUUUUGGAUGGUCACUUGAUUUGGUCAGCAAAACUUGAAGCUGGCAGCAUCUUUUCUUCUCCUUGUGUUGCCAAGGCUGUAUAUGCAGCCACAUUGGAUGGUACAUGUUAUUCUCUUGAUGAGGACAGUGGCCACUUCCUCUGGACACGUAAACUUGAGAGUCCUGUGUUUUCGUCACCAGCGCUGAUACAAGAUGAAAGUGCAGUCCUCUUUGCUGAAGUUUCAGGAACAGUCCAUUGCUUUUCAGUAACAGAAGGGAAAGAGCUGUGGAAUUUUCAAGCAGAUGGAAAUAUUUUCUCUUCAUUUUGCAUUCAGCCAUCAAUGACUGAGAGCAGCACGAACCUGAUCCUGUUUGGGUGUCACGACAAAAAGCUAUACUGCUUGGAAAGCUCAGAGAAUACAGUUUCACUGAGGUGGACAUGUGUACUAGAUUCAUCAAUAUUUUCGACACCAUUUUUAUUUCCUGUUGUGAUAUCUUCAGAAGAUAAAUAUAGUGGAAACACAUUAGAAACAUUUAAGAGUGACAGACAGAUAGUGAAAUAUUUAGUUGCAGCUGCGUCAACCAAAGGAAUAGUGUAUGUACUUGAUUUGGAUUUUGGUAUAGUGGAGUGUUCCUAUCAGCUGCCUGGUGAGGUGUUCUCAUCUCCUGUGGUAAACAGAAACAAUAUAUAUGUUGGAUGCAGGGACAAUCAUGUCUACUCCUUAGCUAUGAGGGUAGCCUGAAAAUAUCCUCAAGGAAGCAUUAUCCUAGAAAUAUUAUACUGUAGCAUCAUAUUGUGGCAACAUCUGGCUCAAACUGAGGUUCAUCUCAACUGCACAGCUUGAGAGCUCCACAGUACUUUUAUCAAGGCAUAGUCAUUCUGGAGAUCGUCUGGCCAGUGGCAUGGGCUGAGUGGUUGGAGAACAACCUAGGAGCCAACAAGGGGGUGGUGAAUUCUGGAAGAAUCCAGAAGGAGGGGAGCAUGCAUAUAUUACCCAAGUUUGGGUCAUGUGAUAAUACACACUUUUAUUUUACUUAAAAAUAAUUUUUCUUUGGGGUCUAGAUAUUCCCUCCCUUUGUUUCUGAUAGUAUGACUAUUAUGUCUCAUGUUACUGUAAUUAUAUUUUAUCUUCAUUGUAUGCAUCCUUUUGUUAUAUGUGGUAUGCUUAAUGUUCAAGUUCUGUAAUAAAGAAAUUAGUACUA